GGUUGUCUGGGAGCCCGGAGACACACUCGCAUUGUUCAUGGCCACCAGGAGCUUCAGGGCAGCAGCCUGCAACACAUCCUCCCUGAUUGCCUUCCCCAUGGUCAACAACCGCUGCAGUGUCUGCAGUGAACUCUGCACACGGAUAUCCUGUAGCCUCAGGAAGAGAUCCUGGAGGUCACUGGUGGGCAGCUGUUCUCGUUGCUGGCCACUAACCGUCACCUCUGGGAUGUAUGUAUCAGAAGGAUUUAGUUGCAUGUUCCUUGACUGCGGUGAACCCUCAGGAUCUGUCAUCCGUGACUUCACUUUAACCUCCUGCAUGGAGUGAGGGGAAACAACUUUGUGGACAGAAGCAGCUAAACACUGAGAGAGUAGAGCUAUUGCUCACAAGAUCCCUCACUCCGCCCAGAGAAGAAUACCAAGGGCCUAGUUCCUACAGCACUGGCUAUCGGUGACUGAUGUACAGCAGAUCUCUGGCAGUUGCCUUUUUUGGAUUUCUCUCUCAGAGAAGCAGAGGGGAUUAUUUAUUGCUAGUUCCUCUGUUCACUCCAGCAGGUGGCAGGACCAUGAGCGACCCAAACAAGGGCAAGCUCCGUCAGGAAAGUCCUGUGAAAGCAGAGCCGCAUCUGCUCACCUCCAGAAAGCUCACAGGAGAUACCCCCCAGGACUCCAAUCAAAGACAAGACUGCAAGCAGGAGCUGGAGUCAGAAAAUGAGGUGGACCUGUCUUUUAGAAAGGGACAAGGAACAAUAACUCCCUGUGGGUUAGAAGUCUGGGAAUGCGAGGACAGUGGCAGCGCCCACAUCAGCAAGGUGAUCCUCACUGGGGACAAUCCAGGCCCACCUGUGUGUGAGAAUGGCUCGGUCUGGGUGCAGCAGGUGGGGGAGAAAACCUACGAGUGUCCUGAAUGUGGGAAGAGCUUCAGCCGGAGCUCAUACCUGAGCCAGCAUCAGAGGAUCCACCUGGCAGAGAAACCCUUCAGCUGCUCCGAGUGUGGGAAGAGUUUCACGCGAAACUCGGACCUCAUCAAACACCAGCGUAUCCACACCGGCGAGAAGCCCUACCAGUGCAACGAAUGUGAGAAGACUUUCAGCCAGAGGUCCAAUGUGAUCAGGCACCAGCGGACCCACACAGGAGAGAGACACUACCAGUGCAAUGAAUGUGGGAAAAGCUUCAGCCAGAAUUCGCAUCUCAUCGUCCAUCAGAGAAGCCACAAGGGUGAGAAACCGUUCAAUUGCCCCCGGUGUGAGAAAAGCUUCAGUGACCGCUCCUCCCUGAUCAUCCACCGGAGAGUCCACACUGGAGAGAAGCCUCACAAGUGCCAGGAGUGUGGGAAGCGUUUCCGGGACAGCUCAGCCAUCAUUCGGCAUCAGAGGAUCCACACGGGAGAGAAACCGUAUGAGUGUACAGAGUGUGGGAAGACUUUCCGCCAGAGCUCCUCGCUGGUGACCCACAUGAGGACGCACACGGGCGAGAAGCCCUACAAAUGCCCUGUGUGUGGAAAGGGCUUUAGCCAGAGCUCAGCGCUUACCACUCAUCGUCGGAUCCAUGCGGGAAAGGCCUUGCCCGUGUUCCACAAUAGCCUGCUGCCCAACCCUUACCAGUGCACCGAGUGCGGCCGGAGGUGCAGCGACCACUCCACUCUCAUCAAACACCAGAGCGCGCACGCAGAAGAGAGGCCCUACAUCUGCGUGGAGUGCGGGGACAGCUUCCGACGGAGCUCAGCCCUCAACGUGCACCUGAGGAUCCACCGAGGGGAGAGACCCUACAAAUGCGAGGAAUGCGGAAAAACCUUCAGGCACAGCUCGGCUCUCGGCGCGCACCUGAGGAUCCACGCAGGAGCCAAGCCCUACGAGUGCAGUGAGUGUGGGAAAAGCUUCCGGAAAAGCUCAACACUUAAAGUGCAUUUGAAAAUCCAUGCAGCCAAGAAACCUCAUAAAUGUACAGUGGGUAGGAGAGCUCUCAGUUCCCGCUCACUUCUACCGUAGUCCAGGAUAGGAAACAAAAGCAGUCUUCUCUUGUGUGGAGGACAUGUGAAAAAGGGCGGGUGAUGAGAACCGCAAUGGAGAAAGACUAACUGGUGACAGGGUCACUCUGAUAUCAGGGCUGGAUGCUUAAUGCCAGUGGUUAAAAAGUCCAUUAUGAGGCCUGGAAGCAGUGAAUUAAUUGUAAGAGCCAAGUGCUGGUGGUUUAGGAAGGGUACUGACAGCCUGAGGAACGGGGACCAAGUUUUGGGUAAUUCGGGGACUGUGAAUCUAUGGUAGAACGGAAGUGGAAAACUAGGCUUUUAAAGUAACUUUUUAACUGAAGAAAAGAUCAAAAUAAAAAGCUCAGGCUGGUUCUGACCGAAAACUUUGGCUUGUCAGAUGCUGUAGCAGUCUUAGAAACUCUGUCUUUUUCUUACCUUAUUUUUCAUGAAUGUAGUAAUUUACCUAGUGUUUGACAAGGCACUUGCAAUUCCUUGAGUCUGAGGCUCUGGAGCUGGACCUCAAGUCUGUUUGUCUUUUCUUCCUCUUUUCCAAAUGACAAUGGAUUCCUACCUCCACAAGCAAAAUCUGUGUGACGUGAUAUGUGAGUAACGCAGAACGGAAGUGGCUGUUCCAGAAAACAUGGCUACAAACUCCGUUUUUGGUUGGAAUGCUGCCCGUUUGGGAGCUUUACCAAAAUUUGUCUUCUCUGGUUUGAAACACCUUCCACACCUUGUGACAUCAGUAAAACACAGGCAAAAAUGUGGCCUUACCUUGUUUAACCAAAAAAAAAAAAAACCCAUCCCCUAGAUGUCCUAGUCAGAUUGAGUACACCUGACGGGUUCCUAUUGGUAGUCUAGAGAUUGCAAUUUUCUAGUCCUUUUUAUGAUAGAGUACUCUUCUGUAGCUUACUAUUGUUUGUAAAGUAGUAACAUACGAAGCUCAGCGUAACGUUUAGGAAUUACUGUGAUUAAAUUUAUGACUAUGUUAAUGACUGUACAUUACAUAAACCUUCUUUAUAUUGCUAUGUUUUAUUACUAGGCACGUG